AUGGCUGCACUACCACCCUCCUCUCUGCAAUUCUCUACAUCAAACCCAAUAUUUUCACAGAACACGCGCGUAAAUCCUUCGUCCAAAUUCCACGCGCCUCCACCGGGAAACCACUCUUUCAUUCCACGCGCCGCCACAGAAGAAGACUCGUCCACUUCCUCAGAAACCUCUGCCGACGUAGAUGGCAACUUCGAGGACCGGCUCUCCCAGGUCCGCCUCCGCUACCGGAGCGGAACGGGAAAGAAAGCCGAGCUCCGCAAGACUCGGAAGGGUAAGAAAACCGGAUCCGGGUCGAGUAUAUACCUUCCGCCCGUGACACUAAAGGAGCCGGUUUCAGAAGGGUUGAAUGUGGAAUUCGGGUUCAGCCCAUUUUCGGAGCGGGUCAAUGGACGAAUUGCCAUUCUUGGACUAUCCGCUUUGUUCUUGGUGGAGCUUGCUACAGGAAAAGGUGUUGUAAAUUAUCAUUCACCUUCUAUUGUUCUAAUUCAGGUUUAUUUUAUGGCUGCAGUUUCUGCAUUGUAUUUGAAGUAUGAGAAAGAAAAAGUUAGUGUAUGGCCUGAGAAAUGA